ACUGUCCCCGUCGCCUGGCACAUCAUCACGGAUGGCACACGCGGCUCGAUCAGCCCAGACGUGCAGGCUGCACAGAUGUCAAAGCUCAACAGCGACUACGCCAGGGCAGGCAUGCCAUUUCAAUUUCGUUUGACCUCGGCAAGCGUCGUGACGAAUGCAGAUUGGUUCAACAACGCGUUUCCGCGAGAAGCUGCCAAGCGCGUGAUGCAGAGAACCUUGAAGAAGGGAGGAGUAGAGACGCUCAACAUUUACACGACCAACCUGUACGAUGACGGGCUGGUCGGUUACUCCAGCUUCCCUACCGAUUACCAGGACGAUCCGGAUAGCGACGGCAUCAUAGUAGACUACCGAACCGUCCCAGGCGGCACAAUUCCGAGCUUUAAUAUGGGCCGCUCCAUCAGUCACGAGACUGGCCAUUGGGUGGGCCUCGAACAUCCUUUUGAAGGAUUUUGCGACGGAGGCGAUCAAGUCGGCGACACCCCAGCAGAGCGGGAGCAGUCAAAGGGUUGUCCUGAGGGCAAGGACACCUGCCCACAGAUGCCGGGUCUCGACCCGAUCCACAACAUCAUGGAUUACGCGGACGACUCUUGCGCCAACGAAUUCACUCCCGGCCAGGUGAACCGCGCAACGAUCAUGACUCAGCAGUAUCGCCACUUUUGA